GUGCGAUUCUCACAGCAGGGCUACUUGUACUAGGCUGCAUCACUGGAGUCUUUGACCAAUGACCGUUCGUAGGACCUAGCAAGCGGUUGGAAUAUGGGCCGAUAUCUAACAAAAUACGGUGAAUACCUUGCAAGAUAAGGAGAAUCACAUUUCCAAUCAACUUUCGCCUUCUCAGGCGUCGAUACCAACAUAUGCCGGGUUACAUCCGAGACGUUUAUAUUUGCUUCAUUUGCGCAAGUCAGCCAACAGCAACAGAGAUUGUUGACUCUUCUUCACGCCAGGCUGAAUUAAGGAAGGUAAGAACGUGCUAGUAUCACUGACGUCAGGGAAAGUCUUCCCGCAAAUACUGGGACCAACAGGAAUCAAGAUACGAGGAACUGAUAUUAUUGCGCCUCUCGUUCCCAGGCAGAAAUGGAGGAACACAAAUCCAUCACUGAAAACACGAAGGAUUCCGAAAGAACAGAGAGAGUGACAGAUGCCACAAACACAGGGGGCUUACUGGAAGAUGCAUUCGCUACUAACACUGCUAAUCCAUUCAACUGGCCUAAGAAGCGAAAAUGGUUGGUUGUAGCAACCGUGUCAUGCAUGAUGCUACUGAAGUAAGCCAGCGAUCACUUCUGAUGUUUGCCAUGCUAAUCACUUUCAUCUAGUGUAAUUGCUACCAUGGCCUGCACACCAGCCGUUCCCCUGAUUUUGGACGACUUCAAGACCAAAAAUCAGUCCUACUAUGUCUUGCUCGUUAGCAUCUGGGAGCUUGGUGAAUGUUUUGGUCCAUUCUUCAUUGGCCCACUCGCAGAUCACUUUGGAAGACUUCCAGUAUGGCACGCCUGUAACAUCAUCUAUAUCGGCUGUGUUCUCACAACUGGCUUCAGCUCAAACAUUAGCAUGAUGCUGGUUUUCCGCUGCUUGAAUGGAUUUGUUGCUGCACCUUUGACUCUUGGUCCCACGAUCGUAAGCGAUAUGUUCCUUCCAGAGCAAAGAGGGGGGGCCCUUGGACUCGCACAAUUACUACCCAUGACCGGUUUGAGCUGGGGACCUCUCAUUGGCAGUGCCAUUUUGAGUAACGGGAGAAGCUGGAGAUGGAUCUUUUGGAUCAUUUCGAUGGCAGUUGCAGGACUCGAGAUAGUCUCUAUGGUUACUAUCCCAGAGACACACCGUGCUACUGUUCACCAUCGGCAUACAUCAGACCAAGCCCUACCAAGACGACCGAACUUCAAGCUCGUCAUGAUAUUGAGGGCGUUCAAAAUAUGGGCGUUUUACCCAGUUGCACUAGUCAUAGCACUUCAUUACGCAACGUUGUGGGGAUUUGGAUACAUUGUCUUCACCACUUUGACAGAGGUCUUCGAGAGCCAUUACGGUAUCCUGCCGAAAGACUCGGGUCUCUACUGCUUAGGCUGGGGUAGGUCCAUCUAACUUUGCGGAGUAAGCCAUAUACUAAUUCAAAGCUUCACAGGGCUAGGAUAUGCGCUUGGUCUAUUCUUAGGCGGCAUAGUAUCCGACUGGUAUGUCAGGCGAAAGAAAGUGUCACAAGGAUCGACUCAAUCUCAGGAACGUCUUCCACCAGCUAUUGGGGGUGGAAUUAUUUCUGCUUUCGGUUUCUUUCUUUAUGGCUGGACUGUUCAGAAGGAGGUUCACUGGAUGGCACCUGUCAUGGCUUCAGCGAUCCAAAAUUUCGGGACUGCUGUAGUCUCAAUCUCAAGUAAAGCAUACCUUGUGGACGCAUUUCCAAAUUUUGCAGCCUCAGCAAUCGGGACAGGAUCAAUAUUGAUGUCACUAUGCGGUGCUCUAUUACCUUUGGCAGGUCAGCCCUUGUAUGACCAUCUGGGCUUAGGAUGGGGCAACUCUCUUAUUGGCUUCAUUGCUCUGGCACUGACACCACUACCAUUGAUAACUUUGCAGCUUACCAUUGGGGGCGAAUCUUCGGAGAGGCCAUUGUAA